ACCCGAUUUGAUGAACUUGAACUGCUUGGGUUUUGAACAAGUGAAUUUGUUUCAGACCAUGUCGUUUGAAAAUGUUGGUUUUGAACUUAUGUUUUGGUUCGUAUUAUUGAAUUAUGAUUGGAUAUUCAGGAUGAAUGUGUUAUUUGAAUAUCAUGUGAAUUGUUGGUUAUAGGACAAUGAAGUCCAUGUGAAAAACCGGGUAAUGAAAUCCCGUGAGGUUUCAAAUAUGAAUUGAAAUCACGAUAAUGCCCUAAUGAUAUGGAUUUUGAAAAAUGAAUUUCGAAAUAUAACCUUGAUUUUUGAAUAAGCCAUGGAUUAUUUCUUAAAUCAAAGUGGGGCGUUACAAUUGCGUCUAUUUUUUCUUUGCCAAGAUAAUUUUGCAUAGAGUAUAUAAAUUUGACAUUGUUUAUCUUUUGUUUGCAAGCUGUAUAUAUACCUAUUCAAAAACCUAUGAAUCGUUUUAUGUGUACAUCACGUCUGAGUCUGAUGGGAUAUGUAUACUCUAAAUGCUCGCAGUAGCAAUAUCUUUAAUCGAACGAUAGUAAGAACCUUGAAUGAUUUCUGUUCUGUUCCAUAUUCUUCAUUUUCAGGACUUACAAGUUAUAACUGCUGCACCAGUUCAAACUGAGGAGCCAAUCUACAAUGAUCCUGCAAUUAUUCAGGUGUCAAACUCUAACAUGAGACCUCUGAGUUCAUCAAAACCCGUGUCACCUACUGUUGGAUCUUUGCCAGAGUAUAACUUGUAUGCUGAGCCCCCUGCACCGAAUGCAAAAAUCUACCAGAACACAUUACCUUCAUAUCCUUCUGAAACUCUGUCCGGUUUAUGGGGAACAUCUCACACGACCCACAAUACUGCAUCAUCUUAUGGAAUGCAAACACAAUGGCAGGGAUAUAGUGCAUCAAAUAUUCCCUACGAUAUAUCUCAUGUCCGUUCAAGUGCGACUUCAAGUUCUAUAUAUUUGACUGCUACACCAACUCUUUCUUCUGAACAACUAUCCACUCCCUAUGCUGAUCCAGUUCCUUCAAAGCCAUCUUUACCAGUUCCUCAGUCUACAUUGAUAAGCUCCAAUGGACUGACCAUGCCUUCCUUGCUAACCUACCAGAACACUACUAGCAUUGAGCCUCGAGUUGUUAAUAAAGUAGCUCUUGACCCUGCAUCUUUGCUUCCUGUUCAGUCCUUUCCAAAUUCUGUGACAUCUGUCCCUGUCCCAAUAGUGGACCCUCAACAAGUUUUUCUGACUCCAAACCUAUCACAACCGAAACUGACAGAGCAUUCACUGGCACAAACGCUGUACCCUGAUCAAAAGGAUAUCACAAUUAUGAGUUCAGCUAAUCCGAGUUACUCAUCCCCUGCUGCUACUGCUGUUCAACCGCCUCUUUUGCCACUGCCCCCGCAUUUGCAGAAGUCGCAUUCCCUGCAGUUCACUGAGGAAUUUGAUUUUCAAGCCAUGAACGAGAAAUUUAACAAAGAUGAGGUUUGGGGGUACCUCGGAAAAGCCAACCAGAGAGAAAAGGUAGAGGGAAUGCAGGAAAAUGGAAUGAGCACUCUGGAGCUUGGUGAUGACAACCCUAAACUGACGUCCAAGACUAAUGCCAAGCCUGCAUACAACAAAGACGACUUCUUUGAUUCCAUUUCCUGCAAUUCUGUCGGUCGUGGAACAAGGAAUGGGCAUAAUUGGUUUUCGGAGAGGAUGAAAUUAGACUCUCAGACGUUGGGCAGUUUUCAACGGAGGACUCAAUUCGGGUAUGGUGGGCAUAGAGAAAGUGGAGUUGGUGAGCAUCAUGGCUCGUACAACAAUCGGCAGAGGGGUCACAAUUAUGGUCAUAGAGGCCAUGAGGAGGGUAGGGGUCAUAUGGAGAGAUGACAUUUUCAUGAUUACUACACACAAUGAGCUGAUUUCUAAACUCAGAACUCGAGCUAAGGAUAAUGGUUUGGUUUGAACCUUGGGUGGUUUUAUUAGAUCUUUUUUUGUCACACAUAGCAGAUUAGUAAUGGCAGGGUGGCAUAUAUUUUUGGAGCUUUGACCUGCCUCUGAUUGUUGUAGACUUGUAGCAUACUAUUAUCCUUUACAAAAUCUUUAAAUGGUCCGAGGGGCAAGUAGUUAUGUUCUUCAGUUAUCGGUUUUGUACUCUUCUCUAUUAGCCUUUAGGGGUUUGAGCAAAAUAUAUAACUAAAAGAAAAAAAAAAAAGAUUGAUUUGAUAUCUUGAUCACGG